CAUCACCCACCGCACCAUGGCGGCCCCAACACCCGCACGCGUCCUCGAGGCGCUCCGCGAACAUCUAGAGCCUGCGCUCCUCACCAAGCGCCUCCCCUCCGUCCUCCAGCUGGCGGUGCACCUCUCUCUCGUGCGGCAGCGCAUCACGGCCGAGGCGGCCAUGCUCGAGAGCGCGCUGUCCGACCUCGACGUGGACCCCGCGGGCAUGGCGACGCUUCACCGUCUCGCGGUCGCGGAUGGCGACGCGCUGUUCGACUUGAGUCUCGAUAUGCGGCGCGAGCAACUCCUCGUCGCGCUGGCUGCGGGCAAGACAUCUAUUGUCGAGGGUCUGCUGGAGCAGUACCUCCCGGCUGUGGGCAGCGUUGCGGACGCUGCGGGCAAGCACAUCUACGUGCGCGCGAUGGAGGAACACCAGAUCCCUAGGAUGGCGCAGGUGCGCGCUGAGAUUAUUGAACUCGUUGCAGCGGUGAAGACAGGCGAAAAGCCGGACAUUCCGUUCGGCCAACCGCUCAACGAGCUUGCGCGCGACAUGAUGGCCGCGGCGGAGGCGGUUGUGGAGGACGCGGAUGAGUUCAUGGGGCUGUUUCCAACGUCAAGAAGACGGGGGUCGGUACCGAUGCAAUCCAAGGACAAUCCACGCAAACAUGCGCCGCGCAUGACGAUGCCCUCACAAGCGUCCAUCCAUCCAUAGAUCCAUAGAACCAGGCAGUUGCACGUCGUUAGGCGACCUGUUGUAAUUGACAGCGAUAACAUCACCGCAUGUGUAACCAAG